CAACAAAUGUAACUUAAAUGAUCUCCUAAAGACAUUUAAUAAUUGUCACCCAUCAAUAAAAUUCACACUUGAAGUUGAAAGCAAACAAAAUAUUCACUUCCUUGAUGUAGAUAUGACAAGAAAACAAGAUGGUACUUUAAAAAGAUCUAUCUACAGGAAACCCAUGUGGAAUGGCCAACUAUCAAAUUUCCACAGUUGGGUUCCCAUCAGCCGAAAAAGAAACUUAAUAAUAACUCUCGCCACAAGAAUACGAAGAAUCUGUAGCCCCGAGGUCGUAGAGAAAGAAUUGAGCCUUUUAAAAGCGAUACUUAUCAAAAACGGAUAUCCUUCUAUAUUCAUUGAUAAGAACAUGAAGCCGAAAAUGCCAAAACCACGAACAACUACAGUAGAAAAGAAAAUUUUCUACAUGAACAUCGACUUCAAAGGUGAUAGAGCCGCUUAUAUCUUAAAAAGGAGAAUUUCGGAUUCUUUAAAAAGAACAUUCUUCGCAGCAACAUUGCAAAUAUUAUUCUCCAGCCAAUCACUGUUCAUCAAUAAUCUGAAGGAUGAAUUAUCACAUCUGACCAACUCAAUGUGCAUCUACCAAUUUACCUGCUCUUGUGGAGCUAGGUAUAUAGGUCGUUCGAUGCGUACUUUAUCCAAAAGAAUUCAAGAACAUUGUCCGGCAUGGCUAAGAAGAGGAGGCAACGGCUCAAUAAGAAGUUCUAUAAUCGAACACCUUGUGAACACAGGUCACUCAAUCAAGACAGACUCUGCGUUCAAAGUCAUCUACAAGGUAAGUAGAAGCCUUCCUAAGACAAUUAGAUUGCAUCUUCGUUGCAUUGCCGAGGCAAUAGCCAUACAUUUUGAAAAACCAGAAUUAUGUGUACAAAAGAGACUGGUACAACCUCUUCUUUUACCAUGGUCUUAAUGUAUUAAAAAUUUUUUUCUUUUCUCUUUCUUCAUACUCUUGUUCCUUUACAGCCACCUGCUUCACCUUCCAUCUUCCCUUCAAAUCUUCUACCCCCAACCGGUUUGUUUUUAUUUCCACGAUCAUUC